AUGUUCGACUUGGCCUGCGGUACACAAGCCCCAGUUAAAGCUAGUGUCAGGAAAGGAAUCGCAACUUUAAUUAAAGGAAUGAUUGCGAAACCUACGGAUAAGGGUGUUGAACAACUCACCAGUAGUGUUGUGAGUGCCGCUCUGAAAGAAACGUUGAAUCGAAUUUUGGGGACACUGGAUGUCAAUGAAGUGGUGUUUAUUAUUGGUUUACUAACCAGCACCUUCGAUCGAAUGAAAGCUCACAGUGUUGUUCCCGAACAGUACAACGAAGCUCUCUCAAUUCUGGAUACCCUAUUAUGCAGUACCCAAUCAGAGAUCAUGUUACAUACAGAAGAGGCUUUCGGAUUGAUUUUAUUGGAUAAACGCUUUCCGGUAGAACGACGUCUGCAAUUUCUUAUGGAUCUGAGUGAUUGGCAGCUGUUCGAUCGGGACGUGCUCCCAAGCAUGGGAACAUUCUUGCUGUCGCUGAUGAACGAGAAAAAUCUACCGGUUUCGACUGUCCUGUCCUCUCUCACUCGAAUUGCUCUCGUUCGUGUCUCACCGUUCGAUGAACCUUGUGGUUUUAUCGAUAUUUCUUCGGAGGUGUCGUUUAGUCGCCACGAGAGCCGGAACUUCGUUGCUAUCGAUUGUGCAAACAUGACCGAUCUCUCUAUGGAAAUUUCACGUGGGAGACAAGCUAUGAUUUUGGAAUUCCAGCGGUGGAUUAUGUCUGGGUUGACCUCUGCAACGAUGUCGGGCACUAACGGUUUCCAAAUUGCUUCCAACGACCGCCUGUUCCCUCUCAUGCUCACAUUCAUCAGGUACGGAUGUUAUAACUGUGAUUGUGAUUCAGUAAUCAUUUUUUAA